CAACAAGGUGUGUCAGAGUGCCUGCAGGAGUGACGGCUGGAGGAGUGACGGCUGAGGGAGGGACGCGUGACCACUCAAACAACUUUAUAUCUGUCGUCCAGUUAAGGGCGUGUGAGACAUGGAAGGAAUACAUCCCGUCUGGCUGCUGCUGUAGAGCCAAGUGUCCACGGCCUUCUGAAGGUGGUGACUACACCAAGUGAUGCUUCCCACACCACACACACCUCUCGCCCACACUGAAGAUAUACCUUGAUCCACCUCGUAGUUUCAAUAACGUACAUGUGAAUAGCUAACAUGAGUUACUUAUCUUUGAGGGUAAUACUUGGUUCUAAUUUUAAUAUAUUGCUCGAAGGAAAGUAAAUAGAACACGGCGGACAUGGCUGACGCUGCUGAUACCGACAGUGAAGAGGAGUUUGAGGUCUGCAGAUCAACAACUUCGUUAAACUCUCAUCAGGUGUUAACAGGACAAAUUGGGGAGGCAAAUAAACUGGAUGUGUCAAAUAUAGUAAUAGAAGACCCGGAGACAGUGGACACAGACUGUAAAGGAUCAACUCAACAGAGUUCCUCGAGUGGGUUAGAAGGUGACUGUAAGUCACGGUGUUGUGGUGGCUGUUUAAACCCACACGGUGACAAAGUUAAGUGCCGGCAGGAUACUCUUGACUCAACAAGCAUAAGUGCCACUUCCUCCCAUGGUGAAUGUUACAUCAGUCGACUGCCUUGUGAGAUUUUGUUAUACAUCUUCUCAUUCUUGAAUAAGUAUGAUCUAUGCAUCAAUGUGUCUCUCGUGUGUACCGCCUGGAGGGACUUGGCUAAAGACCCUACGCUGUGGACGCAUCUCGUGUUUUCCUACCAGCACCGAGUAGACGGUGAUCAAGUGAGGCGUCUGUUGAAGGGGUCGCCACAUUUGCUCUCCCUGGAGAUGCAAAGCCGCGAGGAUGGCGGAGACCUGUUACUUCAGGCGGCCGCUUCCUGUACUAAACUCAGGGAACUUACUGUCAAAUUUUGUGAUGGUCUGACCGACACCGUUUUUAAAUCUUUAGUAGAGAAUUGUUCCGACUUGCGUUACUUGAAUGUGGAAGGCUCUCGUGUGUGCAACAGUGAAUGUUAUUUUCUGAUGGCGGAGUUCCGCCAACUACGAUAUUUGAACUUGUCUCAUUGUCAGUUUUUAGAUAAUUUAGGGUUAAUAGCUAUUGCUAAACAGUGCAAAUACCUUGAAUAUCUUGAUAUUGAUGGUAUCACAAAUAUUUACGAUUCUUCUGUGAUGUGUUUGACUCGAGAGCUCAGCCACCGCCUCAAAUGUUUAUUCCUAGACGGUGAGCACCUGACCGACGCCUUGUACAAGACACUUCAAAAGUGUACGCUGCUAGAAAAGCUCGGGGUUUCAUUUUGUGAGGAGAUGACUGACGCUGGUCUCUCUGGGAUCCAUGGACUGAAACAUCUUACUUGGCUGAAACUCCGAAAAGGCAGUCAAUUGACUCCAAAUGGCUUGACACGUUUGUUCCAGAGUGGAGGUUUACAGCAAUUAGCUUAUUUGAAUCUCGGGGAGUGUUGCCUCAUGGACGACAAGGUGCUGAAGGCCUUGUCCUUCAACUGCCCCAAGUUGGUUCAUUUAGUUUUACACUGGUGCUGGGAGGUGACGGACGUGGGCAUUAGCGCUGUGGUGGCUUGCUGCCCCCGCAUCCGUAUUCUCGACCUAGUCGGUGUGGUGCAGAUCACUGGCAUAGCCUUCCUCAACAUUCCUACCGCUCUCCCGGAGCUUCUUAUACUUGAUCUUGAACAAUGUAACACCGUGGAUGACAAGAUCCUGCAAGGUGUUGUGUCCCAGAUGCCUUCACUCAGAGUGUUCGACUAUUGGGGGGACCCUGUGAUGCCCUCUGACUCAGAUGAUGAUGAUGAUAAUAGCACAGGUAACAAAGGCUCAACAAAUAUUACGGCGAUGAAGACAUCAACGACGGUAAAUCCAUAGAGGUGUGGGCGGGAAGCUGUGGGGAGGUAGUGAACCUGGGAACUGUACCAGCUGGAGUUUCAUCAUCAUGACAGCCACCACCAGGGUCCACCACAACAUGUCCUCAGACAGAGAGACACAGUUUAUUGUGAUAUGUAAAUGAGAUUACUUUUAACAGUAUCUUUCCAACACAUUUUGUACGUGGAUGUUUAGUCUUAAGAGUUUGAUAUGCAUUACCCUCUUAACCGCUGCCAUGAUACAUGUAACUUGCGAUUUUAAUUACUGUAUCUGGCUAAGUGAAUUACAACGCAAACUUAUCUCAGCUUAAUAUACUACAGGGGUCCUCGUUAUUCGCGGAUAAUUGGGACUGGAAAAACGCUUCUGAUAAUGAAUCCACUUGAAGCGGGGAAUUAAUCCCAUAAGAAAUAAAGGAAAUAGGUAAAAUUGGGACCAUGACAUUGUACAAAACACUCAAAAAAGUUUAUAUGAUAUUUUUUAACAUUAUUUACCUACGAAACAUUUGUUAAACAUUUAAUAACACAUUAUUUUCAGAAAUUAUUUAACCUUAUAAGAUAACUAACGUCCUUAAAGUUCAUUGGGUUCGUGUGUUGAGGCAACGUAGGCCGUGCCAGCGGUGGUCCGCAGCAACCCUUGCUGGUGCACACUCACUCCAGUGGUUUAUUGAGACAAAAUACUUGUUAUAAGGUUUUAAAAAUAAAUAAUUUACCAUAAUAAAAUAUAUUUAUUUACUUAGCUUCAAAGGUAGAGAUGUUUGGCUUGAUUGGAUUGAUGGAGGAGGGUGUUGGACGAUGGAGGACUAGUCGGAGGAUGAAAAAGAAACAGGACUAGGUGGAUUAUCCACUCCCACUCUUCUUUUGCCUAAUCACUUCUAAUUUUACAUCUAUACUAUAGUGUUAGUUACAAGACUAGCAAGGUUAUUCUAAAAUUAUAACUUGCACUUGUCAGAUCUCACCGUACAACAGAAUGGAUAUAGUAUCUCUAGAAAGAAUUCAGAGGAGAAUGACAAGACUAAUCCUGGGCAUUAGGAACCUUGAGUACAGAGACAGGUUAAAUCAUCUUAAUUUGCACUCCCUCGAGAGACGUACAGUGAGGGGCGAUAUGAUCGAGGUGUAUAAAUGGAAAUCGGGGUUUAACAUAGGUGAUAUAACAUAGGUACUUAAACUAUCCAACCAGGAGCGAACUCGUAGCAUUGGUUUUGAAUAGGAAAAAUUUAGAUUUAAGAGUGACAUAGGAAAUCAUUGGUUUGGAAAUAGAGUAGUGGACGAGU